AUGACAUCAAUUGACAACUUAGGCAUACAGAUUAGCGCCGCUGCUCAAGAGGCAUGGAACACAGUCGGGGCGACAGUUAAUAAGUUCACGUCAUCUGUCUUUCCCACCGACAGCAGCCGCCUUAAUCAGAUUCUGCGUCCUCCUGUUGACCGCACUUUAGCUGCUCUGCGAUGGUCAAACUUCGGCUCGUCCGCCGUCGUGCCGUUCACAGCCCCCCAUGUGGACGACCCCCGCAUGGUCGUCACAAUUCUCGGCCUCGCUAACGUAGUCUUUAACGAGCUCCAGGAGCACCAACGCCAUCAACCAACAACCGGCUCCUCAUCCUCGGACGGCGGUCCUUCUCUGCCCCUUCCCCCCGUCACUCUCGCGCUUGUCGCCGCCUCUGUGUGGCGCUACCUGAACCCUGUGCUCUUGCGCGAGGUCUGCCUUAGCCCUUACUGCGUGAUUGACCGCAAUGAGGUGGGCCGCCUAUGGACCGCCAGCCUGACACACCUGGACUUGCCCCACCUGAUGAGCAACCUUGCAUCACUGCUGCCGGAUGCGGCUGUCCUGGAGCGACAAGAGGGCUCUGCGCUCUUCAUUGCCGAUGUGGCUUUGCUGUCCACCCUCUCCAGCGGCCUCUUUGUCGGCUGGGCUGUCCUCGAAAAGCAGGUACUACAGCGAACCGGCACCUACUACGCAGUUGGGGCUGUGGGCCUGUCCUCUUUGGCGUUCGCUUUGCAGGUGGUCGCAGACGAAACUCGUGCGGGGGGUGAGAGGAGGUGUUUGGGCCUGCCGCUGCCCGGUCGCUUCUCAUGGGUGCUGUCACUGGGAUUCACACACCUGGUUUCGGCGCCCGACACGUCCUUCGCUGGCCACAUGUGCGGCGUGCUGGCGGGCAUCGCCCAUGUGUAUCUUAUACGGCCAGCUCUACGCACUCUCUUGCGUUCUCUUGGUAACGGCGUGAGCGGAGGCGGAGGUGCACGCCCACGGCCGCGGUUCUACGGCGGUGGAACGCUGAGUGGCCGGCCCUUGUCCGCCGGCUACACGGCACCCACGCCCCGACGUUCGCUGAUGAGCGCUCUGUCACAGCUGGGGCUGGCCGCGGGUGCUAUUGUCGUGUACACGCUGGCGUCACGACGGCGGGAGCGGCAGCCACUCAGUAACUGGAGCCUGCGGUCCCGCCGUGAGCCAAGGGUCGUGUGUUCCGAAUUACUGUGCCUUGCGCUGCAGCACAGGAUUACAGUAGGCCCGCUCUAA